AGUGACUUAGGAGAGGCUUCACUGAAAAUCAUUGGCGUCACUGCAGAAGACGAUGGUAUCUAUACAUGUAUAGCUGCAAACGAUAUGGGUUCGGUUUCAUCUUCCGCCAGUCUACGAGUUUUAGGUCCUGGAAGUGAUGGGAUCAUGGUAAUCUGGAAGGACAACUUUGAUUCCCUCUACAGUGAAGUGGCUGAGCUUGGCAGGGGCAGAUUUUCUGUCGUUAAGAAGUGCGACCAGAAGGGAACCAAGCGAGCAGUAGCCACUAAGUUUGUGAAUAAGAAGUUGAUGAAGCGAGACCAGGUUACCCAUGAACUUGGAGUCAUGCAGAAUCUCCAGCAUCCCCAGCUCAUUGGCCUUCUCGAUACCUUUGAGACCUCCACCAACUACAUACUAGUGUUAGAAAUGGCUGACCAGGGUCGCCUUCUAGACUAUGUCGUGCGAUGGGGAAACCUCACGGAAGGGAAGAUCAGACUCUACCUGGGAGAGAUUCUGGAAGCUGUGCAGUAUCUUCACAACUGCAGGAUAGCACAUUUGGACCUAAAGCCUGAAAAUAUUUUGGUGGACCAGAGUUCCACCAAGCCAACAAUAAAACUGGCUGACUUUGGAGACGCAGUCCAGCUCAAUACCACGUAUUAUAUCCACCAGUUACUUGGAAACCCAGAGUUUGCAGCUCCUGAAAUUAUUCUUGGAAAUCCUGUUUCCCUCACUUCAGAUGUUUGGAGCAUUGGAGUGCUCACAUAUGUCCUUCUUAGUGGCGUCUCUCCUUUCCUGGAUGAAAGCGUAGAGGAAACUUGCCUGAAUAUUUGCCGCUUAGACUUUAGUUUCCCAGAUGACUACUUCAAAGGAGUUAGCCAGAAGGCCAAAGAUUUUGUAUGCUUCCUACUUCAGGAUGACCCAGCUAAGCGUCCCUCGGCUGCACUGGCCCUCCAGGAGCAAUGGCUGCAGCUGGGGAAUAGCAAAAGUGCUGACAGCAUCGACAUAUCCAGACUGACUUCGUUCAUUGAGCGGCGAAAACACCAGAAUGAUGUUCGACCCAUCCGUAGCAUUAAAAACUUCUUACAGAGCAGGCUCUUGCCAAGAGUUUGACCUUGCUUGAAGUUCUCUCUCAUUCUCUUUCACCUGCCAAUCCGACUGGAGAUGGACUCCUCCUGCCGAUCAAUCAGACUGGAGAUAGACUCCUCCUG